AUGUGCACUGAGAACUACGACCCGAACUACCCCGACCGGCCGGUGGUCGAUCAGUACAUCCCUGUAUGGGCCAAGCAUUCCGAGCUCGGCUCCAAGCCGGCGUUCAUCUGGGCCGACGACCAGGCCGGCGGCGGCGUGUUGCCGCGGCGCCAGAUGUUGACGUACUCUGAGCUGGACUCCGCCGUGCAACGCAUGGCCGCCGGCCUGCUCGAGGUUCUGGCGAGAGGCGACACCGUCCUGGUGCUCGCGUCGCCGGGGAUUAGGCUGGUCAAGCUGAUGUUCGCGUGCCAGCGGGCUGGGCUAGUCGCGGUGCCUGUCAUACCGCCUGACCCGUCCCUGCUCGGCACGCCGGCGGAGGGCCCGGCUCACCGGCACCUCCUGCGCGCCGUGUCGCAGGUGAGGCCGCGCGCGGCCGUCGCGGACGCGCGGUACGUCGGCGCCGUGAUGAGGUCGUCGGCCGCGGCGUUGACGAGCCUGCGUUGGGUGGCGGUUGAUCGCUUGGGGAGGGAGAGCUCGCCGGUGGGUUCCGCUGUGGCGGCUGGUGAUGGCGCGGCGGGAUACAUGGGCUGCGGGCCGAAGGAGACAUACUUGGUGCAGUACACGUCCGGCGCGACCGGUGCCCCGAAGCCCGUCGUGGUCACCGCGGGCGCCGCGGCGCACAACGUGCGCGCGGCGAGGAAGGCCUACGACCUGCACCACGGCAGCGUCAUCGUGUCGUGGCUGCCGCAGUACCACGACUGCGGCCUCAUGUUCCUCCUCCUCACCGUCGUCUCCGGCGCCACGUGCGUGCUCACCUCCGCCACGUCGUUCGUCCGGCGGCCGCGCCUCUGGCUCGAGCUCAUCUCCGAGUUCAAGGCCACAUGCACGCCGGUCCCGUCCUUCGCGCUGCCGCUGGUGCUCAGGCGCGGCCGCUCGGAGCACGGGACGCGGCCACUCCAACUCCAGAGCUUGCGCAACCUUAUCCUCGUGAACGAGCCAAUCUACAAGUCAUCGGUUGACGAGUUCCUGGAAGAGUUCGGCCGUGCCGGCCUGCGCGCGUCGUCCAUCUCGCCGUCGUAUGGGCUGGCCGAGAACUGCACGUUCGUGUCUACUGCGUGGCGCGUCACGGAAGGAUAUACUGGGGAUAGCCGGUCGUCGACUCUCCCAGCGUACAAUAAACUUCUUCCGUCGGCCAGGCUGCCGCGGCCAUCACUUUCGGCCGAGGCGCCGGAUAUUGAGAUCGUCGUCGUUGAUGCAGAGACCGGCAAGCCAGUGGAGGACGGCGUCGAGGGGGAGAUAUGGCUGUCCUCGCCAAGCAACGGGUCAGGCUACCUCGGCGACACGCCGGAGCCGGAGAGCCGCGAGGUGUUCGGCGCGAGGCUGCCGGGGAGAGCCGGCCCGUGCUUCGUGCGCACCAGCGACCUUGGCGUAGUCCACGGGACGGAGGAGCGGUACCUCUACGUUCUCGGCCGGACAGCAGAUGCCAUCGUAGUAGCCGACAGCGAGCGCCGCGUGCCCGCGCACUACGUCGAGACGGCCGCCUUCGAAAGCUCGCCGGGCUGCCUCAGAGGCGGCUGCAUCGCGUCGUUUACCACGCUGCCUGCCUCACCUUCGCCGCUGGUGGUCGUGGCGGAGCUUCGAAACGAGAGGGGCGGUGGCGGUGCCGACAUGGCUGCAGACAUCUGCGCCGGCAUAAGGCAAGCCGUGUGGAGAGAAGUAGGCGUACCGGUUGCCCGUGCCGUGCUAGUCCAGAGCGGCGGCGUGCCAAAGACUACGUCGGGGAAGCUACGACGUGGGGCGGCGAGGGCGCAGCUGCUCGCCGGCAAGCUCCCUAAGGUUUUCGAGGCACGAUACGUCGGGUUGGAGCCCGCUGCUGGCGUUGUCAUGGCCAAGGAGAGUGCAAGCAACCUGGUUCGCCUGCAAUCUCCUCUUUGA